UGCAACCGCAGUCGUUGUCCUGCUGCUGACGAAAAGAAAAACUCGCAACAAACGCCAAACUCACAUCAGAAGAAGCCAAGAAACCAACAAGCCAAGCUCGAAGGCGCCACACAACGCUUUCCCUCGCUCUGCUGCUUCACUUCUUCUUCUUGCCUUGACUUGUGAGUUGGUCGCAGCCGACCCCAAGCCACAGGGAGAGAACGAGAACGAGCACGGGAGAUCGCACGCAGACGGAUCUCUUGCACGGAGAUAGCUGCGCUGCGAUUGACAUUUUCCCCCUCCUCUACAUCCUGCACAGCUUCCAUCGCACCACCUGAUCCCGUGUUGCAGCUGAGAUUACUUGAGCUUUGUUGUCAGAGAGCGCGAGCGCACGCGCGUCGUACGAUCGAUAAAACGACAGCCACAACGUCGUGUUGGCAGCAGCAUGGCCAUGAACGGUCAUGGACCGAACGGAGGUGCGCAUCUCAACCGCGGCCUCCUCAACGCAGAUGAGCCAGAUGUCAUGGAGGACCACGCCAGCACAUCCCCAGACCAAGCACUCCUCAAUGGCCACGAUGAUGCGGAGAGCAUUGACCUGAAUAGCGGCUCGAGUGAUGACGAUGACGAUGAGUUUGUGGUGCCCAUCUCCGACAAAUUCAAGGCCAUGAUCAACGGCGGCGACAGUGUCGCGUCCGCAGCCUCAUCAACCCAGCGCAAGAACCCAUACGACAACCUGCGUGACAUUGCCCGGCACGAAGAGACUUACGAAACCGAAACCGAGAACCUUGCCCUGUACCAGCCCGAGUUGCAGCGUCGCCCGCGCGUGGCGCAGAUCCUGAGCAAUCUCGUGCGCUUCAACAGCAACAACGACACGCCGCUCAACGCCGAGUCAUCCAUGCUUGCUCUCCUGCGCAAGCAGCCCAUCAAGAUGAAUACGCUUGUCGGCGUCUACCUGCCCACCAUCCAGAACAUCUUGGGUGUCAUCCUCUUCCUUCGCCUCACCUGGAUUGUCGGCAUCGCCGGCGUCGGACAGUCGCUGCUGAUUGUGCUGAUCUGCACGACAACGACAAUGCUUACAGCAAUUUCCAUGAGCGCCAUCGCAACAAACGGCGUCGUCCCAGCUGGCGGCGCGUACUUUAUGAUAUCGCGUGCUCUUGGUCCGGAAUUUGGCGGCGCCGUGGGCAUUCUGUUCUAUCUCGGAACGGCAUUUGCAUCUGCCAUGUACACCCUCGGUGCCAUUGAGCUCUUGCUGACAUACAUUGCGCCGGGGAUGUCUGCCUUUGGCGAGAUUGAGCCUGGGACGCCGUCUCUCCUCAACAACAUGCGGCUCUACGGCACCGUGCUGCUGUGCCUGAUGGGGUUCAUCGUCUUCGUUGGCGUCAAAUACGUCAACCGCUUUGCCAGCUUCUGCCUGGCGACGGUGCUGCUGUCCAUCCUGUGCAUCUACAUCGGCUACUUUGCCUCCCCGACCUCCCGCCAGCCGGACGUGUGCAUCAUUGACGAGGCCCUAGUGCGCAGCUCCUACGACGGCAACUGCACCGCUGCCGAUGCCACGCUCUACCCGACGUGGCAGAACGCCAACUCGUCGUACUCCGGUUACGUACAGGCGUUCCCGGGCCUUGGCAGCGGCGUGUUCCAAAGCAACGUUGGGCCCCACUACCUCAAAGGCGGCGAGUCCGCGCCCGGACAAAAGGGCCACGACGACGUUGUCGUUGCGGACAUCACCACGUCCUUCACGCUGCUGCUGGCCAUCUUCUUUCCCGCGUGCACGGGCAUUAUGGCGGGGUCCAACCGCUCCGGGGACCUCAAGGACGCAUCGCGUGCCAUCCCAACAGGCACCAUCGCCGCCAUCGCCACCACCGCCCUCAUCUACUUCACGUCCGUGCUCUUCCUCGGCGGCGUUGUGCAGGGCCCGCUGCUUCGCGACAAGUUUGGCGACAGCAUCAACGGCGGCCUGGUCAUUGCCGAGCUGGCAUGGCCGCAUCCGAUUGUCAUCCUCAUUGGCGCUCUCCUCUCCACCAUCGGCGCCGGGCUCCAGAGCCUCACGGGCGCGCCCCGCCUCCUCCAGGCCAUUGCCCAGGACAAUUUGCUGCCGUUUCUUUCCUAUUUUGGAAAGGCCUCUGCGUCUGGCGAGCCCACGCGCGCGUUGGUGCUCACGCUCAUCAUUUCGGAAUGCGGCGUGUUGAUUGCGUCACUGGAUGCCGUGGCGCCCAUCAUCACCAUGUUUUUCCUCAUGUGCUACGGGUUUGUGAACCUUGCCUGCUCCCUCCAGUCGCUCCUGCGCGCGCCGUCGUGGCGCCCGCGCUUCAAGUACUACCACUGGAGCCUGUCCAGCCUGGGGCUCGUCCUGUGCGUGCUGCUCAUGUUCGUGUCCAGCUGGUUCUACGCCCUCGCCGCCAUUGUGCUCGCCGCCGUGGUGUACUACUACAUUGAGUUCAAGGGCGCCGCAAAGGAGUGGGGCGACGGCAUCCGCGGCCUGAGCAUGCAGGCAGCGCGCUUCAGCCUGCUGCGCUUGGAGGAGGCCCAGCCGCACACCAAGAACUGGCGCCCGCAGAUUCUCACGUUUGUCAAGCUGAACGACGCCACGCUGGACGUGAGCGAGCCGCGCCUGCUGGACCUCGCGGGCUCACUCAAGAACGGCAAGGGCCUGAACAUGGUGGCCAGCGUGCUGGAGGGCGACUUGAUUGAGCGCUGCUCCGACCGCGCCACGGGGCAGGUGGCCAUCAAGGCCGCCAUGAAGAAGGCAGACAUCCAGGGCUUUGCCGAGGUGGUCGUGUGCCCGUCCCUCGCCCAGGGCAUGAGCUUCCUCGUGCAAAGCGCCGGCUUGGGCGCGCUCAAGCACAACACAGUCAUGCUUGGCUGGCCCGAGGGGUGGCGCGAGCGUCUGGAGCAUGCGCAGGCGGAGGCUGCCGGCCAAUCUGCGGAGGAGGCAGCGGCGAGCCUGCGCCAGGUGUCCGUGUUCAUGCGCGUGCUGCUGGACGCGGCGUCCAACGAGCACGCCAUCAUCGUGCCCAAGAACCUGCACAUGUUCCCCGACCCGGGCGUCCCCGAGACAGGCACGAUUGACGUGUGGUGGAUCGUGCAUGAUGGCGGUAUGCUGCUGCUGCUCGCCUUCCUUCUUCAGCAGGAUGUGGUCUGGCGCAAGUGCCGCCUGCGUGUGUUCACCGUUGCGGAGAACGACGACAACAGCGUACAGAUGCAGCAGGAUCUGCAGUCGUUCCUGUACCACCUGCGCAUCGACGCCGACGUGAAGGUUGUCGAAAUGCUCGACUCGGACAUCUCCGCGUACACGUACGAGCGAACGGCACAGAUGGAGAGCAGGACACAGCUGAUGGAAGACCUGAAUCUCUCGCCAAAGCAGCGCGCGCGUGUUGCUGAGGCCGUGGCCGAUCGCUCCAGGGCAGACGCAGCACACGGCGCCGUGCGGGCAGACAGGCCGCUCACAGACAACGUGCGGCGCAUGAACACGUCUGUCAAGUUGAAUCGCAUCAUCCAGCAGCACUCGCAUGACGCGCGCUUGAUACUGCUCAACCUCCCCGGGGCGCCCAAGGAGUGUGCAGACAGCUACGACGCAGCCAUGAGCUACAUGGAGUAUGUGGAUGUGCUCACGGAGAACUUGCAACGCAUCAUCAUGAUUCGUGGUGGCGGUCGCGAAGUCAUCACCAUCUUCUCGUGACAUUUUCACACCGUACCGUCACGUGUGAUGUGACGUGCUGUGCUGUGCUGUGCUGUGCUGUGC